AUGGCCCAGGCCAGACCUAAAAGAGACAUGUCUCUUCCUCAACUCCCUCCCGCUGCUCAACAGGAUGAUUCGUCGUCUUCCAUCAUCCCUCGGGACCAGUUCACCCGAAAACGCAUAAAAGACCUCCACAAUUUCAUUACUCAAGAGCUAAAGAAGAGAGGGACGAAAACUCCUCAUGUUUUCCUUCCAUUUCGACUGCGUGUGGACGACCAAAAACUUGAACGGUUUCUAGCCACGAUAUUUCCGAAUGGACAGAUGAUAGACACGCUGAAUGAAUCGGCAACAAAGCGUAUCUUGGCCGGAUUUGAUGAAUUCACGUUAAUUUGCGGUCUUAAAUACCUUUGGUGCAGACUACCGAACCUGGAGAUCAUAGGUUGGGACAAUUACUUGCAUUUUAAGCGCCUCGAGCGUGAACACGGAUAUCCCAAGGAUGCGUUUUUAAGGCUCAUGCCCAAAUGUGUUUCUACAAGAGCUCACGCUUCUAUAGUGUACGACUUCCUUGAUCUCCUCGUCAGCAUUGCGUCAUAUUCACAGUAUAACUAUUUAAGUGGACGCAAAAUCUCAAAGAUGGCUUCGAUGUGGGCCUUUAAUAGUAUGGGAAAUUCAAAGCUGGCGUUUUACGACGCGACGGCAUUCAAAGAGAAUUCAUUUGUUAGCGGUCUAGAGCUGUGGAAGAAAACGUGCAUUGGACUCUUUCACUUGUUUCUCGCGUUCCUUAGAGCCAUGAUGCCAGACAACGAAGACCAACUUUUCAAAGGCCCGAAAUCCUUACAAUCAUUACUUAGCACAAACUCAUACCCGCCACCUGAGAACCUGGACUCCAUCAAAUCCGUCAUCACCAUCCCAUGUGUACACGUCAAGACGACCCGGAGAAGUUCGGAUCCCUACGCAUUGAUUACCAAGAUACGACAGAACCUCAAGUUCGAUCGGAAAGAUGAAUUUGUUUCCGUGGAAAACUACACCAUCCUAAAAAACAUCUUUUUGAAGGACUCGACCAACGAAAUCAUCUCGACGCUCACGGAUGAGUCUCGGAGAAUCUUGACUAGAAUAAGUGACAACCCAAUCCCCUCGAACUACGAUCUCUACCCGGGUUGGACUAAGGAUGGGCCACCACAAGAUCCCGAUAUUCCUUUGUUUUCGGAGAUAUCCAUCACAAACGUUACCCUACAAGACUACUACAUCUGGACCUGGCUCUCAUCGUUGGCUUCUGAUCAGUCCAGCUACGCCAAAGCCUUAUUUGGAAGAUCGAUCGUGGUUGAAGCUGGCUUGCGUGGAUUCCAGAAAUGGUUAAUUUUGACGGAAACCUCCAUUAGUUCAGAUGAGUAUAUCUCUCGCAUGAAGGGCUCCGAGAGACAAAGAUCGAAAUCACCUCUCAGAAGGGAAAAGUCUCCUUUGAAGGAUCUUCCGCCACCUCCUGGAUCCUCGAAUGGCUUGGCUCCACCACCCGUCUCUAAAAAUGGCUUACUUCCGGAAGUGAGCUUUCAGGAAGAGCCUUUUGGGAUGGAGCAAUAUACACAUGAACCAGAUCAUUAUGAGGGCAAGCCCUACCAAGGCCGUAUUGGUCAUCCAAAGCCUGCCGAUGACUACAGCCAGUACAUGAGAGGUUUGAACGAUGACGAUCAUAUGGCACAGAACUUCAACGACAUGAAUAUCAACAAACAAAGUGGCGGUCAGCAAAGACCCCGUCCCCCACCAUUGGACCUUCUGCAACAGGAACAGCCUUUGAAUGUCAAGAAAGUGCAUAAAAGGUCAAAGGAACCGAACGGGCAUGGCAAUGGUCACAGCAAUGGUCAUUAUAAUCCCGAGCACUCUGGGUUUCCACAAGAGCAGUACCCUCAAGAGGCAUUGCAGUAUUCCGCAACACAUCCACCACAAGACUAUAGGGAACCUUACGACAAUUAUACCACGUUGCAUGAUAGGCCUGAAGAGCCACAGUCUACGGAGCCAUUUGACAAUUACUAUGUUCCAGGUUCUCAUCAUGUCUCCCAACCAAAGGAGGCGAAGGCUGUCCAUGACUCAAGCCAUAAAAGUCCAAGGCGCAAACAUCAGGAUCUACCUCCUGCUCCAAUGGAUAACCGAGUGCAAGAUGGCUAUUCAGGCAUGCCGCCUGCUCCAUAUUCACAAGAACCGCCUGCUCCCUACUCUCAGGAGCCUCCGAUUUCACACGAUCCAUAUCUGAUGCCCACUAGCCGUGCAGGCAAUGGUAUUCCACAUCAACCUCAGGAAGUUCCUCAAACUUACCCUGGCGAUCAAUACCAGCAGUACCAAGAGAAUCACUUUCCACCUCAAAAGGAACUCGACAACUCUCAAAUCCCACCACAAAACGGCGAGGCUGUGCCUGAGAAACCGAAGAAAAAGAAGAAGAAAAAGAAGAGUAAGCCGAAGGGGGAUUUCGGCAUACCAGUUGAUCAGUUACCUGACGGUCCUCCGCCGCCUUUGCCUGCUGAACUUUCUCAACAGUUUGAACAUCAACCUCAAAAUGGAGAUUACAAUAACGGGCACGGAGCUUUCAAUGCGACAACACAGCCACCUCCACCACCUGAAAAGUCUGAAGCAAAGGGACUGCCAAGGCAUAUUCAGCAUCCUCGAGCCGCCGACAAGGACCAUCAACCCCAUGAGCAUCCAUUGCAACAAAGUAUUCAGAUCCCACCUCCAGAGAAAACUCCUCGUGGUACGCCAAGCAAGUCGUCUCUUCCCAAAGGAGUGUCUCAUCAUAAUGGAAUGAGUCUGGCUGGUCGCUCUCAAGAAAGAUUGCAUAGUCGAACGCAUGAGGCAUAUACUGGUAGUCCUCCAAAGCAUGGUGCCCACAGUUACAUGAUGCCACAGAAUGCCUCUCCGCCUAGGCCACACGAGAAAGAUCAAAUGAAACUUUCAUUGCCUUCCAAGAGUCAGCCGGGGCAUCAGAUGCCACCUGACCCCUCCCCCACUUACUCCAACGGAAGCUACAAUGGGCCUCCAUCCCAUUCCCCAUCACAUCACCAAAGUGAGCCAUACUCACAAGCACCCCCUACUCAUAUCCCUAAUACUCAACGUCUUCCACCUCAAGAAACUCCAACUGAUCAACCUGGUCAUCAGAGGUCGCCUACAGGAAGAGGUCCAUCGCCCACGUCAGCUUAUACCUCACAUUCACAGCCAAGAUCUCAUCAUAGCGGUGGCUCUCCUUCAGGACAAGCUUUCCAGGGACAAAUGCCUCAAACCCACAUGCAUCAAGAUCCAAUGGCUCCCGGACAGAUGCAACAUCAACCAUCAUAUUCGGGUUCACCUAUGCAUCAACAACCACCCGGACACAUGAUGUCGCCGCUGGCGCAAUAUGCUUCUCCCCCUGUUCAGCACAUGCCUCCUCAGGGUCAACACAUGCCUCCUCAGGGUCAACAAAUGCCUCCUCAAGGUCAACAAAUGCCUCCUCAAGGUCAACAAAUGCCCCCUACAGGGCAGAUGCCUCGUAUGCCAUCGCAGCAAAUGCCUCAACAGAUGCCAAUGCAGCAGCAAAUGAUGCCUCAACAACAGAUGAUGCCUCCCGGUCAGCCUUAUUACUAUCCCCCUCCACCUCCUCAGGGUUACUACCCGCCUCCACAAGGAUAUGGCUAUCCACCUCAGCCAAUGUAUUAUCCACCUCCCCCACAAGGUUACUACGGACAUCCUCCACCACCACAGCAGCAGCAUAAACCCAAGCCAAAGCCUACAACAAGUGAGCUUACCAUGAUGGGAAUGCCUUCUGUUGGUGCCAAAGGUAAAAACAAACCUCCGAAGGCGAACUUGAGGGCUGCAUUGAACAAGGGAGAGUUUGGUAUUUAA